CCAGGAUUCAAACCCAUGACCUCUGACUCCCAAGCCUGGGCUCUUUCCACUGAGCCACGCUGCUUCUCUACAUGGGCGGUCAUGUAAGAAUCAAGUCUACAGCAUUAAGGGGAGCAGAUGAGAAAGGAGGAGGCAAGAAGAGAAAGGCCGUGCCGCUUCUCCAGAUGAUUGAGGAUCGUCUGGUGAUUCCGGGGGAUUCCAUGCAGCGAAGCUGAGCUGGGGUGAACUCGGCUUCGGCGUUCAGACUGACUUGGUGAUCCUGCUGUGCUUUCCGAUGGCCACGUUUACUCGCCCCAAACUCAGAGAGCUCUGAUCCCAUCGUUGGGCUACGACCUCCCGUCCAGAUUCAGGCUCAAACAGGACCUCGGAUGGUACGUUUGGCGAUCUCUCACUGAUUGCAAUGCCAGACCACAACGUCUGAUGUUGGCCAGCGGGAAUUUUAAGGACUGGCAGGAAUGGGAGAGGACUUAAAAAAUUGACUCCAAAUGGCAACCGGCAAGAUGCGGGGAGCUCUGGGGACCAUCCAGACGGGGGGCCUCAGAAUGCACGAAGGGUUACAGAGUAAGGUGGUGGCACCGCGUAACCCCAAGCUGGUCACGGAAAAAGAAGUCUCCCGAAUGCUGACUCCCUCCGAGUUCCUGAAAGAGAUGUCCCUCACCACAGAGCAGAAACUGGCCGCCACUCACGUCAUGUGCCGGCCCCAGAUCGUCGAGCUUUUAGAUAUGGCGGAAACGACCCAUCAAAAGUUCUCAGGUGUCGACCUGGAUCAGACAUUAUUCCAGCCCUUUCCGUCCGAGGUGAUAUUUCAGAACUACACUCCCUGCGAGGUUUAUGAAGUACCACUGAUUCUGAGGAACAAUGAUAAAAUUCCCCGUCUGGUGAAGAUUACCCAAGAAAGCUCUCCAUAUUUUACAGUGAUUAGCCCCAAUGAUAUUGGUCAUAAAGUAGCACCGGGGGUAACAUCUACGUUCCGGAUUCUUUUCACUCCCGAGGAGAACAAGGAUUACUCCCAUGAGCUGACCUGUGUCACCGAAAGGGAAAAGUUCAUUGUACCUAUCAAAGCUAGGGGUGCCCGUGCGAUUCUGGACUUUCCUGACCAGCUGAAUUUCUCCACCUGCCCUGUCAAGUACAACACUCAGAAGACUCUGCUAAUACGGAAUAUUGGCAAUAGGGAGGCUCGAUUUCAAAUCAAAACUCAGAGCCCUUUCUCCGCAGAGCCGUCUGAUGGGAUCCUUCAAGUCGGGGAGUCCAUGCAGCUGACGGUGGAGUUUGAACCGCAGCACGUUGGCAAUCAUCAUGAAAACCUGAUAGUGCACUAUGACACGGGGGAAGAUAUUUAUGUCACCUUAUAUGGAGCUGCCUCAGACGUCAACAUUAGGCUGGAUAAGAAUUCUCUGACCAUCGAGAAAACCUAUAUAUCUAUGGUCAAUCAGAGGACUGUAACCAUUCACAACCGAAGUAAUAUCAUUACACACUUCCAGUGGAAGAUAUUUGCCACUCAAGAAGAGGAGGAUGAAGAAAAACAAAGGCUGUGUGCUGAUCUGUCUUGGGAAGAAGAAAAGGAGACUGAUCAAUUUCUGGAAGAGUGCAGCCUAGACCCUUCGCUCCGGGAACGUCUUUCCAUUCUCUCGCGCACUUUUGAGAAUCACAGGAAGAUGGUGCAGGGAGAUGCCAUGCUGUUCUUAGACAACAUUUUUGUCGUGGAACCACUGGAAGGAGACGUUUGGCCCAAUUCCACAGCGGAAGUCAAUGUGAUUUUUAAUCCUCGAGAAGCCAAGAUCUAUCAACAAACAGUUUACUGUAACAUUUCAGGCCGUGAGGCCCGGCUGCCCCUCCGCAUCAAAGGAGAAGGAAUGGGGCCUAAAACCGUCUUCAACUUUGACAUGUUGGAUAUUGGGAAGGCCUUCGUGGGGUCGAGGCACAGUUAUGAGGCAAUUCUGUCAAACAAGGGAGGCAUCGAUGCUCUCUUUAACUUGAUCCCUCCGUCUACCGCGUUGGGCUCCUGCUUCACCUUUAACCCCAAUGAAGGCAUCAUCGAACCAGGUGGGGUUCAGGCCAUCCAGAUUUCCUUCAGUUCCGCCAUCCUGGGAGAGUUUAAAGAACAUUUUCUAUUCAACGUGAAUGGAUCCCCUGAGCCUGUGAAAUUGACAAUCAGGGGCUGUGUUAUUGGACCAACUUUCCAUUUCAAUGUGCCAGCGUUGCAUUUUGGAGAUGUGUCCUUUGGGUUUCCUCGUACCCUGACGUGUUCCCUCAACAACACCUCCUUGGUCCCUAUGACCUUCAAACUCCGUGUCCCGGGAGACGGCCUCGGGGAGCCGAGUGUUCCAAGUCGCAGUCAGAUCCUGGACAUUACAAGAUCCUCGUGGAAAAACGAAAGCCCGGCAGCCAACAAGCCACAAGAGUUUUCCAUUAAUCCCAGUUCUGGCACUAUCCGCUCUCAAGGAUUUGCUGCUAUCCGGGUGACUCUGUGCUCCAACACUGUGAAGAAAUAUGAACUGGCCCUGGUGGUGGAUGUGGAAGGCAUCGGAGAGGAAGUAUUGGCCCUCCUUAUCACGGCCAGGUGUAUUGUACCCGUGCUCCACGUAGCCAACCCGGAUAUCAGGUUCGGCCGCUGUUUCCUGAAGUACCCUUAUGAGAAGAUGGUGCGGCUUGUCAACGACGAUGAGCUCCCGGGAUGCUAUGGGGUACUUCCACAGGAGUGCAACAAAAUGCCCACGGUGCUCUUUUCGAGCCCUUCUCCUUGUGGCGUGAUCGGCCCCCAUUCCACUGUGGAUAUACCUGUGACUCUGGAAACCCAGAUUCCUGGAGAAUUCCUCACCACUGCUUACAUCGCCACAUAUGGGAGCAAGGAACCCCCACUGGCAGUUCAUUUGAAGAGCACCGGAGAAGGUCCAGUGGUCUACGUGCACCCGGCCCAAAUCAAUUUUGGCAGUAUCUUUGUGUUAAAGGAUGUUUCCAGGACCCUCCAGCUAUCAAAUCAGUCCUUCAUCCCCGCUCAUUUUCGGGCGCAGAUGGCUCACGGUCACUCCUUGUGGAGGAUCGAGCCGAGUGAAGGAGUGGUGCCCCCAGAGACGGAGGUCCUGCUGACUCUGACAGCCCAUUUGGAUGACACGCUGAAGUUCCAAGACACUGUCAUCUUGGUCAUAGAAAACAGCAACACAUAUAAAAUUCCCGUCCAGGCCUUAGGAAUCGGCACCACCAUCGUUACAGAUAAGCCUUUUGCUCCAGCCCUCAACCUGGGAGCGCAUUUCAGUGUGGAUCCCUGUCGCUACCACUUCAAGAUAACUAACGUAGGACGCCGCACCCACCAAUUAUACUGGAUGACGGAAGGCUUCUCUCGUUAUCAGAAGAGGGACCGCAACCCGGGGCAUGCCGAUGGCAAAGCUUCAUCCCAUCUCCAAGAAAACAACACGCCGGUAUUCAAGCUACAUCCUAUCAGGAUGGAGAUGAUUCCGGGCAAGACUGUCGACAUGCUCCUGGAAGGAUAUUCUGCUACUCCAAGGGUAGUCAAGGAGAGGCUGCUUUGCCAUGCCAUUAUAGGAAAGAAGACUGGCAAGGAGCAGAUCAUGGCGGUGGAUAUCACUUGCGAAUUUAUUGCCCCCCUUCUCCAACUUUCAGCCAAGCAGCUUACUUUUCACGUGGAGAAGAAUCCUCGGGAUGUCCUGACUGCCGAAUUCCAGCCCCUGGCCCUAAAGAACAUUUCAUCCUUGCCCCUGAGUGUGUGUCUUUUAGUAAAAGAGCCCUUCUUCCUCUGUGACGUCAAUCAGUCCCUUCUUCCCUCGGCUCCUCAGCCUAUUAAACUGGAUACGGGGGCAGAAAAGGAGCUGUCCAUCAAAUUUGACCCUUCGUACAAAAGGGAUUUGAACACUAGAGUCGCCGAGGAAGACCUGAUGAUCUCCUAUCUGGAACACCCCCACGUGGACUACCUGGCCUUGCGGGCAGAGGUGCACUUCCCCAACCUGUCCUUCCAGACCUUGAGUUUGAAUUUUGGCUGCAUCCUGAAUGAUACCGAGGUGAUCCGUCACGUUGAAAUGACCAACUGCAGCCCACUGCUUGUGAAGUACCGUUGGUCCUUCCUACUGGAUAACAACAAAAAGCAGAUAAGGUUUGCCGCAAGGGCACGGAAGCCGAGCGGUGCCCCUUUGCCAUCGAAGUCGACGGAACUCCAGGAAGAAUCACAAAUAGACUUGCCGCACGUUGACUCGGAAGACUUGAUUAGAGACUCCAGUUCGAAGAAAAGUGAUGAAGAUGAGUCUGACAUUGAGAAGUCUUGUGUGCAGUCAGCAGCACAUGUGAUCGCCACAGAAGAACAGCCUUUGAAAACCAACACUACCUCAGAGGAAAGAAUUAUUCAGAACCAGAGUUGUGUGGAGUACCAAGAGUCUGUUUCGGUCAUGGAGCAGGAUGAUGCCAAUUCCACAGGGGUAGAAGAAGUGUUCGACAUUUUACCUCUCUACGGAGUGCUGCAGCCGAACAAGACCCAGCAAAUGUCCUUCACCUUCUAUGGCCACUCCGACAUCAUCGCUGAGGUGAAAGCCCUGUGCGAGGUAGAGGGAGGCCCCACGUACGAGAUCAUGCUGAGAGGGGAAGCCUCACUGGUCAGCUAUUGGUUCGACACGAAGGAAAUUAACUUUGGAUUACAGCUGUUCGAUCACAUCAUUGUAGCUGAAAUCAGACUGAAAAAUACAGGCAAAGUUGGCUUCGAGUUCAAUGUGCUGAACACUAGCCAGGCUUCUCCAGACAGUCCUCCUCCUGGAAUGCCGCUCAUCUUGCCUUCGUCUGGGUUCAUUGAAUCUGAAAAAGAACAGAUAUUGAAGCUUUACUACCUCCCCGGAGUGCCUGAAGUGUUUGAGAGGCAUUUCCAGGUACAGAUAGCCCACUUAGAACCAGAGGACAUCGCCAUCUUUGGAGAAGGGACCUUCCCCCGGAUUUGUAUCGAUCUUCCUCGCAAUGUCAAAGGAAAUAAAAAAUAUGAAACCAUCCUAAGGAAGGCAAGAAGAAAAGUGGAACAAGAUAUGAGAAGGGAUGAAGGAGCCAAUGGUCCAGAUACAGCGACCGAAGAGGCACCUGUGGAAGAUUCCUUUCCCGUGUUAGAUGCUCUGUUUCAUUUGGAAGUGGAACGGCUGAUCAUCCAGGAGCACGCCCUAGAGCAACAGAAACUGAUCUUGCGGGAUUCCACAGAGAACUCUCCCCAGAGCCACCGAGUUUGCCGAAAACUCGUCAAAGCUCAGCUGCCCGAGUACAUUCUGGAUUUCGGCUACAUCAUUCUUGGGAACAUCCUGACCCACGUCGUCAAGAUCACCAACACCAGCCAAUUCCCUGUGUCCUUCCAGGCAGUGAGGCGAGCCCUGCAUGACACAGGCUUCAGUACAGAGUUGGACAGGGUGAAGAACCUGCCGUAUUGCGAAAUGGAAACAUUUGAAGUGAAAUUUGAUCCCCAAAGUGCCAACCUUCCUGUUGGAUAUACAGAGGUUCUUCUGCCUAUCAAGGUAGUGGGUGGGCCGACAUUUCACAUCAGCCUUCGUGCCAAGGUCACCAUCCCCUCUCUCACCAUGUCUUGCAAUAAACUGGAAUUUGCCACAGCUCAGUGUGGGCAGUGUCAGAUGGAAACCAUCCAACUUCACAACCAAAUGCCGGUUACUUGUGAAUGGUACGUCGGCACCAAUAAGAAAGCAAAGAAGGAAAAAAAAUAUAUUCCGGCGUACCUUCGGCGAAAGUUCAGAGCUGAAUUAAAGCCAAAGUCACGGAUCUUUGAGAUGAUUCCACCUUCUGGAAUUCUUGAUUCUGGAGAGCGAAUCAAUGUGCAGGUCAAAUUCAUGCCAGCGGAAGAGAAAUUCUACAGCCAGUAUCUGGAGGUUCACAUUUUCCAGAGUAAUCAACGCCUCUCACUGUUGGUUCAGGGCCACGGUUUAGAACCGCGCCUGGAUUUUAACCCUUUCGUGCUAGAGUUGGGCCCUCUGAUGCCAUACAGCAUCGGCGAUGAGGCAGAGGUUGUUGUGAAGAAUCCGUGCAACUUUCCCAUUGAGUUUUACUCACUUGAAUUCGACCAGCAGUAUAUUGAAGAAGAGAAGAUUCUGCGCAAGCUGAAGGGCUACGACUCCUAUAAUACCCUGCUGCUGCCCCCUCGCCGGCCCGGGGAGAGACUGCCCCCGGAAGUGCUAGAGUAUUACGAGGAGCAGAAGAGGCUUUUAGAGCAGCAGGCAAAGGCCAAGAUGUUGGAGUCUCUCAAUCAAGACAAUGGUGAGAAUUCUACUCACAGGGAGGAAGAAGAAUUAUCCUCCUUCGAUCAGAUAUCAAAGCGGACCUCUCUUGCUGUGACAGCGACAGCUGCCUCCAACUCUGAAGAAAACCACCUGACCACAAUCUAUGUGAAACUCGAAGCGGAGGAAGAAGAAGAAAAUGGAAACCUGGACCGAGGAUUGUUACCAGCCUCCGAAAAGAAGCAAAGCAUAGACAGCCACUGUGUGGAGGAAGUGGGAGAACUAGAGAGUAACCCUGUCAGCAAGGCUGUGGCCCGCCACCUGGGCAUUGAUAUUUCUUCUGAAGGCCGGGCUGCCAGGAACCGCCGAGGCAUUGCUCUUAUAGUGCACGGGGCACCUCUGUCAGGAAAGACCAUGGCUGCUGUGACCCUCGCAAAGAAGUACUCGGCUGCCUGCGUAACUAUAGAUUCGGUCGUCUUAGAAGCCAUCUCAGAUGGAACCAGCAACUCGGGGCUCCGGGCCCGGGAACUCUGUGUGAGAGCCGCCGUGGAGCAGAGCCAGCGGGAGACUGAGGAAAAUGGCCAGCUUCCGGACACCAAUUUGUUACAGACCCCCGUUGGGGUGACAAGACUGAGCACCGAGGCCCUGGCCAAACAUACCUCAGAAGGGACGCUGUUAUCGUCCGAGAUCAAAACUAUCCCCCAGUCUGCCACUUCCAGAGGCAUGCGGGGAAGCGUGCUGGCGGGGAAGGGAAAAUCAGAGGGCCACGUUUCCCAGUCACAGAAGGCGCAACAUCAGCAGCAUCAAUCCGACGCUACGGGAUCGCUGGUGGCAUCCAGCCCCGUCCCCACUGGACCUGCCCAGCAGCACCUUAGCGUUAGUGUGAGCGUGGGAGGAGAGGCAGGGCUGAUGAGCUGUGUGCUUCCUGAGGAAUUGCUUGUGGACAUCCUGGCCGAAAGGAUGCAGCUUAGUGACUGCUAUCGGGGAGUAGUGUUCGAUGGACUAGAGACUCUGUUUGCCCGGAGUGUAUCCUCUGCUCUCCUCUGCUUGCUCAAAGCUAUAAACAACCGGGAGCACAUCUACUUUAUCAACCUCUUUCAGGAUUUUGUCAUCAUGAAGGCUCGGGAGAAAGCCAAGAAAGAUCAAGAAGAGUGGAAGCAGCAGGAAAACCUUGCAAAGGAGAAAGCUCGUCUCCAGGAGUUGGACGAGGAGGAGUACGAUGCGUUGACCGAGGAACAGAAAAUUCAGUUCGAUAAGGAUUUGCUGCUGGCCCUCCGGGAACGGAAAAAGAAGGAGUUGGAGAAAUUGGCUCGGGAACUCCAGGAGAAGAAGCUUCAGCAGGAGCUAGAAAGACAACGAGAGGAAGAAGAGAUGAAAAAAAAGAGCAAGAAAAUUAAGCGAGAGUUUGGAAAGGAAGACUUGGGAAAGAAAAGUCAGCUAGGAAAUCGGCAGCCUGCAACCUUCAACCCUACUAUCAAAUCAGACAUCAAGUUGGAUGGAGGAUUAGAAAGGAAACUAUCAAUAAAAGAUCAAAACUCGAAUGAGAAGGACGAUGCGUUCAAGAGGAAAAAGAGCAAGCACUACCUGGUGGAAGUAGCCCAGCUUGUGCAUCAACCAGCCGGGGACACGGAGGAAGCCGAAAAGGAUUUAACUUGGGAAAACGAUGGACAGUUGGCCCAGAAGUUUAAGAUGUAUGAAUCGGGGUUGAAAGAUGUCAUACAAAUCCUCGCCAGCUGGGACCGGCUCCAAUGCGUUCAGCUUCAGCCUUCCUUGGGGGAGGAAGCCCAGCACGAACUCGAAGACCAGCGGCAGGCCCCGUCCGGACGGAAAGGGCGGAAGGACCGAGAGAAGGAACGCUUGGAAAGAAUGGAGAAAGAGAGAGCCGAGAAAGAGCGCGUAGAGAAAGAGAAGGCUGAGAAGGAGCGUCUGGAGAAGCUGAAGGCAAUGGAAGACAAGAGUGAAGUGGGAGAGGGAGAGGGAGAAGAUGACCAAGAAGGGAAGAGGGAAUCCGGGGUGCCCUUCUUAGACUUCCAAAUAUUAGCUACAGAUGACUUCGGUUGGAAGCAGGUUCUGGAGAGUGACAAGCUGCCCGCUGUGGAGCAGAUCCUGGAUGCAUUGGGUUUGGGUCCGUCUGGGCCCCCCAUCCCUCCUCCUGCCUUGUUCUCAGUGGUCCCCUACCCAGGAAAACGCGUGGCUGUCAAAGUCAUGGACACCCUCAAGCACUUCGUCUUCGUCGUCCCCCCAGCUGAAGACCCUGCGGGGUCGGAGGAGAAAAAAGAAGGAGAGACCGAAGUAGAUGUUGCCCUCUCAACCCCGGCGGUGAAGUUGCAGGAGGAACAGAUCACCCCAACCAGGGGCAGACAGAGGCAGAAAGAGAAAACAGACCAAGCCCGGGAAAGUCAAAAGGAUAAGCGUCGUACGACCACCGUCAAGAAGGGCAUUCAGGGAAUGCCUCUGGGAGCUUUGGCCCCUUUGUCCGACUUGGAUCAGAGCACCUUCAUUGGUGAACAUUCACAGGAGAAAGUCACCAGGCUGAACCACUUCCGCUGGAUUGUGCCAGCCAAUGGGGAGGUUACACUUCGGGUUCACUUCUCCUCCACUGAGAUUGGCAACUUCGACCAGACACUGAAUUUUGAAGUCCUGGGAACACAUCGCCUAUAUCAAGUUUAUUGCCGAGGCGUCUGCACUUAUCCCACAAUCAGCCGAGACCCCAAAGUGGUAUUCCCCCACCGGAAGAAAGAGAUAAAGCCCGAUGAGAUCGUCUUUAAGAAGUAUAUAAUGAGUCUGGGGAUGUUGCAAUUCGGGCCAUUGCUCUGUGGAAAAUCAAGAGAUAAGUAUAAGGCAGUUCAGUACCCCAACAACAUGGAGAAGUUAACCAUCCUGAACAAUUCGUCUGUGAAUGUGGAAGUCUUCUUCUUUUUCCAGCACGACGCCAAAGCAAAUACUUACCUCCUGGACCCCCCUAAGAUGAAACUCAAACAAAAUGAGAAGCAGAUCCUGAAGGUGUGGGCGUAUCCCACUAUGGUGGGCAUUUUUGAAGACAACAUCGUCUGCUGCAUCAAGGAGAACCCGGAGCCAACACUCUUCAAAAUCUGCUGCCAGGGCGUGCGGCCAGAACUGGAAUUGGAUCAGAAGCAACUGCAUUUCGACAAGCUGCUGCUCCACAGAAAAGAUUCCAAGGUGAUUUUCCUGCGAAAUGGUACCAUGCUGCCUGUGGCCUGGAGGAUCAACAGCCUGGAGCAACUUGGCGAUGAUUUUUCUGUGUCUCAGAAACAAGGCAUCAUUGCCCCUGGUGCUGAAUAUGGCCUGCAGCUGCACUUCCAAGCCUCCAGGCCCCUCAACAUAAGGAAGACCAUUCGCCUAGAGGUUACCGACGUGGAAAAUAUUCUGGGAGUCGUUCAGAUCGAAAACAUUCAGAUCGUGGCCGAAGCUUACGAUGUUGCUUUGGACAUCAGUUUUCCCAAAGGGACUGAAGGCGGUUUGGAGUUUGGGAUUGUCAGAGUAAUGGAUGAAGCUAAGCAAAGUCUGUCAUUAAAGAAUAAAGGAAAAUAUGAAAUCGGGUACAGUUUUUCCCUGGAGUCUCUGGGGCCCAAUGUGCCCCAGGUAAACUCGAUCAUCUCCAUCCAGCCUAUGAAGGGUGUGCUGUCUCCGAGUGAUCGACCGACUAAUAUCCAGGUUACCUUCCGCUCCCAAAAGGAAGUGAAGAUUGAGAACAGGCCAGUCCUGCGCUGCCAGGUUAUUGAGCCCAAUAUUGCCCAAGGAGGUGAAGUUAUUGCCAUCAUUCCAGUGAAAUUGUCUGUGAUUUCAGUAUUCUCUAAAUACUCCAUCAACCCUGCUGAUACCAUCAACUUUGGAGCCAUGAUCAGUGGCAGUCGAAAAAGUGCCAGUUUCGUUAUUGAGAACACAGGUUUCCUUGAGUUUAAGUUCGUCAUCUGCAGAAUGGUUCAGGAUUUUCCCCUGCUGCAAAAGAAAGGGGGAUCUGUUAAGCGCAACCGAUCACGGGAUGGUGACAAUUUCAGCAAGUCCUCCAGUGGAAAGCCAGUCAAAAAUACUGAUUCCGUGCAGAAAGACAUGACUCUCAUUGGCCAGGCUCGCUUCACCCUGGGCAUGUUCACCAUUUAUCCUGGAUUUGGAUCCAUCCCUCCGGGACAACAGCAGGUCAUCACAGUGGAUUGUUUAGCGGAUCCCCUCGGCCAAUGCGAAGAGUUCCUGACCAUCGAAGUCACGGAAAGGGAUCCGAAUGAUCCACCCAAUGGCAUUCAGUACUCACUGAUAGCGGAAGCCUGCUUACCAGCUUUCGUGAUCGACGAUCCGACGUCCAUUUUUGAGGAGCAUCGGAUCUGCAACAACAUCAACCUGUACCAGGUGCUGCCAAACAUAGAAAGCGGAGGCGUGUUCGUGGAGGAUGAGAACAAGUUUAUCUUCCACAACGUCUUGGUCGGACACCAGGGUAAAGCUCGGUUCAAAAUCAGCAACAUGGGGAAGAUCCCCUGCGAUCUGAACAUUUCGGUCAAGCCUAUUUCCAACAAGGCCAUUGCCCGGAUCAACGAUAUCUUUGAGGUGGAACCCAACAAGAUGUACAUUCCCAGUCGAUCCCAUGCCUUUGCCACCGUGACCUUCACUCCUCCGACGAUGCAGAACUACCAGUGCAUCUUUGAUGCUUCUUUAGAAGGCCUGCCCAGCUUGUAUGCCAAGUCCCGAAGCCUCACGUUUGAUAUCACCGGAGAUGGGAACCUCCCCCGCGUGAGCAUCAUGCGGCCCAUCGUUAGUAAUAAUAGAGGAAACCCCUUGCUACUCUUCAGAAGACUCCGGCUGAGCCAUUCGGAAAAACUGCCUCUCAUCUUUAAGAACAAUGGCACCAUUCCUGCCCAGGUGCAUAUGGAUCUGCUGGAUGAGUGUGGAGUCUUCUCCCUGAAAAACAGGCCCACAACCCAAUGCAUCUAUUUGGUAGAGGACACUGAGUCCAUGAAGGAAGCCAAGAAGCCUCAUCUAGCCUUCCUUAUCGUCUACCCUGGGGAUACUGCUGAAUUUGAUGUGCAUUUCAAACCCCGACAAGCUCAGAAGCUGACUGGCACCAUUCUCUUGUCUGUGGUCGACAAUCAGUACGAGGAAACCAGCAUUCAAAUGAUUGGAGAGGGCUAUGAAGAUGAUAUCACCCUGGAUAACAUCCAUGGUUUGGUACCCCAAAGCAGCCUAAACGACGCAGAAGAAAAUCUUUCGGUGAACCUGUUAGAAGCUUCCCAUGUAGAUCACAUCCAGUUUGGGGACUGUCACGUCAACAACACCUAUCAAGUGACCUUCACAAUUACCAACCAUAGUCAAGCGGUUGCAAUCCGGUUCGAAUGGCCUUUUGCACCUCCACUUCAUUUCUCCCCACAGGUUGGCCACCUCCACGCCAGCUGCACUAAGGACAUCACCUUAACCUUGAAGUCGGAUGUGACUACCGUCCUAAGGAAGAUGGUGGUCAAGUGUAAGGUGUCCAAAAUCACCUUCCAGCUGCCUGCUGACCAGAUCCCAGACUGGGACGACUGCAUGCGUGUUGUCAAGUGGGUGGACUCGGGGAGGAGCCCCUCCACCAGCCUCCCAGUGAAGAAGAAAGUAAUAGAGACGGAUCCUGAGCCCACCCACACCCUCCUGGAAGACAGUUCCCGAGAGCUGGAGCUACAGAUCAGUGCAGUUGUGGACUACACCGCGUUCAAGUGUGAAAUGGAAAACGUGCAGUUCAAGGAGACACUGCUUUUCCAGACCAGAGUUUUUAAAUUUGAGAUGACCAAUACAGGAAAUGUGAAGUUAGAUUACAACUGGAUAGUGCCCACUGGGGAAACUGGGAAGACCGUCAGUUUCGUCCAGCACCCAAAUCAAAAAGGUUCUUCCUCUGCCCACUUGACCAAGAGGUUGUCCAGUCAAAGAACUAGCCUUUUUGAGAGCUCAUCAUCCCAAGGCAUCAGCGGCGAUUCGGUUCCUCCAUUUUCAGUGGAGCCCCCUAUCGGAGUGAUCCCAGCUGGGAAUCAGCAGCUCUUCCUGAUUAAAUUUUCGCCCCUAGAAGUAGGAGAGUUUGAGAACCGAAUUUUCUGCCGGAUCCCUAACCUGAGGCCAGGAGAGGAAGGGCCAGCAGUGACUGUGAAAGGGCAGAGCCUCUUGCCCCUUUGCCAUUUUGACUUGAAAGACUCAGACUACAUCAGUGGCCACCGGCGGAAUGCCGAGCUGCGAGGGACAAAGGGAGGAAGCCUGGAUCCCAAAACCAGGGUUAUCGAGUUCGCCGCUUUGGGCGUGGGAAGUAAAGACAGUCGGACCUUCACUAUUAUGAACCCCACCAGUUCUGCAUACUCCUUUAAGUGGAUCUGUGAAGACGUGGAGAGUCUUCUGAAUCCUCCAGCCUUUAUAUGCCUGUCAGAGAAGGGCCAAAUCCAACCUGAGAAGAAAGUCGAGAUUACAUUCCAGUUCAUCCCCCAUCAUUUGGACAUCACAGAAUCCCUCUGGACCUUCCUAAUCACUGAGCAUAACUAUUCAAUCCCUUUCCUGUUGGUGGGGAAAACCUCUGAUCCUUUGAUAUCUCUGGACAGGGCACACUUCAACUAUAAUUCUCUCCUCAUUGGGCAUGAGGCUCGAGAAACAGUGUACAUGAUCAACAGUGAGAACCAAGCCUUCAGCUUUGCUUUCCGGGAGCAUUCUUGUUUUUCAGAAGGCUUCAGAAACAGCGUGACGGUGCAGCCUAUGGAAGGCUUGAUUCCACCUCUAACCAGGCUCCCUAUUACUAUCAUCUUCACGCCGAAACUGGAGGGAGAGGUGAACCUUACUUUGGUCUGUGACAUAAAGAAGAAGGCCGAGCCCCUCACCUUAAAUGUCAAAGCCACGGGACACCAAAUGAAUGUGCUCAUCAAGUGCCGAGAACCCAAUGGCUCAGUAACCACCUUGAGUUUGCACCAAGACAACAGCAUCGACUUUAAAGAGGUGGAAGCAAAUGAAUGUGUCCAAUGUGAGUUCACCAUUUUUAACACUGGCAAGUUCAACUUCAACUUCUCAGGGGAAUUCUGCGGCCCCCAGGCCCUGCAGCGCUAUUUUACCUUCUUGCCCGGCAGUGCAACAGUUGAAGCAGCCCAGAAUAUACAAGCUGUACUUUCUUUCCACCCGCUGAAGCGCUGCAUCCUGAAGGACAUGGAACUUCAGCUGAAGAUCAGUCUUGGCCCGUCGUAUACGUGCACACUCCUUGGUUCAGCUGUAAUACCCAGCCUCCAUUUCUCCUUCACCUGCCACAACUUUGGAAUCUGCUUCAUCUAUUCUGCUGGAAUGCCCCCGUACAGACACGUCCUUGAAAUCACUAACAGGGAGGAGAAAGCUGUAAGCCUAAGCUGCUUGUACACUAAUACAGCACACCUGGAAGUAGAUUUCCAGGCUGAACUGCUGCCGCCUGGAAAGAAACUGGAAGUCCCCAUCAUCUUCUACCCCCGAGACACUGUUCACUACCAGGAAGUUAUCCCGUUUGAAAUCAAUGGACUCUCUCAACAUACCAUUGAGGUCCAAGGGAAAGGCAUUGAGAUGAAGGUUUCAGUCCUGGAACCAGCAAGCAAGAUCGUGAAGUUAGGAGCUCUUUUGUCUGGCCAAAAAGCGAAGAGAACAGUCACCAUUGUGAACCAAAGCCUGGCUCCCCUAACAUUUAACCUGACCCUCAUGUCCUCUAUUCCAGAGCUUCAAGAUGUCGGGGUCAUCACUCUGUCGCCUUGCACUGACUUGACUCUGAAGCCCAAAGAAACCUGUAAGAUUGAAGUCACCUUCUCCCCAAAGUUCCGCAUCCUGCCGUUCACAGAAGAGGUGCUCAUGGACUGCCUGGGACUGUUACGCUCCCUCUUCGCCCUCCAGGGCUGCUGCCAGGCCCUGCAAGUCAGCCUGGACCAGGACUACAUCACCUUCGGAGCAGUGGUGUUUCAGACCCAAGCCACCCGUCAGUUCGUCGUGCAGAACACGGGAGACCUUGGCACCGGGUUUAAAUGGGCUACUCAGAAAUGCGCCCCCAAUUUCUCCAUCAGUCCUGUCGAAGGCUACAUCACCCCUGGAAUGACUGUUACUUUCGAAGUGACCUACCAUCCCGCCGAGAUGGGCAAGGAUCAUCUGGUCGAAAACGUCACCUGUGCCAUCCAGGGAGCUCAGUCCCUGAAGCUCACCUUGUUCGGAACGUGCGUGGGUGUCUCCGUGAUUAGAGAGACGGUGAAUUUCAGCUGCCAAGUGCGGGCGAAGCACACCCAGACCAUCCUCCUGUCCAACCGCAGCAGCCAGAUGUGGAACCUGCAGCCCAUCUUUGAAGGCGAGCACUGGGAAGGGCCCGAGUUUGUCAUCUUGGAGGCCCACCAGCAAAACAAACCCUACGAGAUUACGUACAGACCCCUCACCAUGAACACGGAGAACCGGAAACACCAGGGCUCCCUCUUCUUUCCCCUCCCGGAUGGGACUGGGUGGAUGUAUACGCUGCAGGGGACUGCUGAGCCCCCCAAAUCUUUAGCAAACAUCUUACGAGAGAUCCCCUGCAAGACGUCCUACGUCGAGCUCUUAUCCGUCACAAACUGGCUGAACAAACCCCAGAGAUUCCGGAUCACCGUGGACAUGAUCAAGCCCGAAAAGCUGGACCUGAGCACCACCCUGAAGGGUCUGGACUACAUCGACGUGCCGGCCGCAUCCAAGAAAGACUACCAGCUCAGGUUCUUCUCUUAUAAAGAGGGGUUAUUCAAUGCUAAGGUGAUCUUCCGCAAUGAGGAGACCCUAGAGUAUUUCUUCUACACGGUGAGUUUCAAAGCCGUCCCGUCCGGAGCCGUCGGCACGAUCGAGAUGGUGAGCUCUGUUCGCCAGAGCGCCUCGUCCUCCGUGAAGGUCGAAAACCCGUUGCCCUACGCCGUGACCUUCUCUACAGACUGCAGAAUAUCAGACAUCAACCUGCCUUCCCAGUUUGUGGUUCCGGCCCAAUCCGAGGGUGUGCUUGUUUUUGAAUUCCAGCCCCUAAAAGCCGGAGAGACCAGUGGACGGCUGACCUUGCAGAACAACGAGCUGGGGGUCUACCAUUAUGAGCUCGCCCUGAAGGCCAUCGCGGCCCAGCCGGAGAAGCCCGUCUAUUUCCGGGUCAUGCUGGGUGGCAGCCAGAGCACGUACGCCAAGUUCAUCAAUUACACCCGGCAGAGGGCCGAGUACAUCUGCAAGUUGGACUCUGCGGAUUUCCACACGGAUAAGCUUGUCAACGCGGCUCCGGGGUCGCAGGGGGGCACCGAGGUCAGCUUGGAAGUCAUCUUCGAGCCCAGCCAGCUGGGCGAAUGCAGAAGCACCUUGACCCUCACCUCUCCCACCGGCGGGGAAUAUAUCAUCCCCCUCAUUGGAACGGCCUUGCCCCCCAAGCCCCAGGGUCCCUUCCAGAUCAGAAUGGGUUUCAGCACCACCAUCUCUUUCAAGAACAUUUUCCACCACACCACAGCCUUCUCCUUCCAUGUGGAGAACCCAGCCUUCUCCAUCAAAGCCCCGGACUCCUUGCGUUCCAAAAAAACCAGUAACGUCCUCAUCUCCUUUGAAGGGAAUCCCUCGGGCAGCAAAGCCCCGAUCACCAGCAAGCUGGUCGUGUCCUGUCCUCAUGCGUCUGGAACUGAGGCGGGGAUUAAGUGGAUCUAUUACCUCAGGGGGAUCACUCCGGAGAAGUAAUCGGGAUCGGCCGCACAGAAAUCAACAAAACGCCUUUCUUUCCUAAGCCUUUCGGGACGAUCGAAUCUUUGCGGUGGUGAGAGUCUCCACGCUCUGCGGCGCCUCCGCUUUUUAACAUCCGGGGGUCUCGGCCGCAGAGAACCUCAAAAUUCGCACGGGCCAGAAGACAGAAGCUUUUUCAGACGCACCUUUUGCUGAGAGACUCUCUCGGGUUUAGAUACGACACGGAUCUUCUUCCGAAAGGGGGGAAGGGGGUCGCUGGCCAAUUAGCCACCCAUUGUUUUAUCUUCGCUCAGUCGGACGGGUUACCCAUAUACGUCCAGAAUAAAUUUAGUAUCUGCAUAGAUCCGUCUA